UUUUUAUUUUUUUUUUUUAUUUUUUUAAAAUGACAAUUUACGGUCAUCGACAUAGUCAUCACGCUGAUAACAGCUUAAGACCUUCAUUAGAUAAUGCACCACGAGUACCUAAGAAUAUCACUCAGUCUCGUGUCAAUAACUUUUUAGCUAGUGGCGGCCAGUUUUAUGGUAUGGGCAUUCAAACUAAAUUUUGGCUUGCAAGACAAGGUGGCCCCCCUUAUGUAAAUCUCAAAGUGUAUAGUGUACCCGAUUUAAAGCGCAUACCGUUUAAAGAAGCAGUUACACAAAAGUUUCAAGAUUUCAAUAUAGGAGUAGAUCAUAGUUUUGGACCUAGUUGGUCAACCCAUUGGUUUCAUAUUUCUAUACUAAUUCCUAAAGAAAUGGACAGUAAAGAAGUCAUACUUCAGUGGGAUAUGGGGUGUGAAGGCUUAGUAUGGAGCACAGAUGGAGUCCCUUUACAAGGUCUUACAGGAGGAACUGAUCAAGCACGUCACGAGUUUAUUAUUUCAAAGUAUGCUAAAUCAGAAGAAAAAUACGAAUUUUAUAUUGAAGCUGCAUGCAAUGGUAUGUUUGGUGUUGGUGCAAACGAUGCAAUGGUUGCUGAUCCAGAUCGCUAUUUUAAUCUUACAACUGCUGAUCUUGUUGUGCCUAACAAAGCUAUUCAAGCUCUUUACCAUGACUUGAUCGUAAUUCGUGGUAUUGCUUAUGAUACAGAUCAGAAUUCCUCUCGUUCCCGACAAGCUUUAUGGACUUUAAAUGAAGUGAUUAAUAAUUAUAUUGGAGAUGAUGAGAAGGCAAUUGAAGACUGUUUACAGUUAACUCAUACAUUCCUUUGUGCUCAAAAUGGAACUGGAACUAGUCAACAUCAAAUCACAGCUGUUGGUAAUUGUCAUAUUGAUACGGCAUGGCUUUGGCCUUAUGAUGAAACAAAACGAAAGAUUGCAAGAUCAUGGUCAAGCCAGCUUAUGCUAAUGGACUCUUAUCCUCAUUAUGUUUUUACUGGUUCUCAAGUACAACAAUAUGAAUGGCUUAAAGAGCUUUACCCAGUUCUUUUCGAGAGGAUCCAAAAGGCCGAAAAAACUGGUCAAUGGGAAAUUAUUGGUGGAAGCUGGGUUGAACAUGGUACAAAUAUGCCUUCGGGGGAAUCCUUAUGUCGACAAAUGCUUUUAGGGCAGCAGUUUUAUGAGAAAAACUUUGGAAAAAGAACUAGAGUGUUUUGGCUACCUGAUUCAUUUGGAUAUUCGGCACAACUUCCUCAAAUACUUAAAUCUUCUGGAUGCGAUUAUUUCUUUACUCAAAAGCUUUCAUGGAAUAAUAUAAAUAAGUUUCCUUUAUCAACAUUUUGGUGGACAGGGAUUGAUGAUUCUCGUAUUUUAGCUCACUUGACACCUGCAGAAACGUAUACUGCUUCUGUAACUCCUAGUGAGCUUUAUAAAUGUUCUCGAAAUCAUCAUGAUCUUGAAUACUCAAAUGAAAGUUUACUUGUUUAUGGACAUGGUGAUGGUGGCGGAGGCCCUACUCCAGAAAUGUUAGAAAGAUUAAAAAGGAUGCAUAAUGUGGAUGGUUUACCUAUCGUCAAACCUGGGAGUGCUACUGAAUUCUUUAUUAGUCUUGAGAAAAAUUCUAAUCGAUUACAGUCCUAUAAAGGGGAGUUGUAUUUGGAAUUCCAUCGUGGCACUUAUACCUCACAAGCACUUGUUAAAAAAGGUAACCGUAAAAGUGAAGUCAUCAUUAGAGAUGUAGAAAUACUUGCUACAAUAGCAAAAGUUUUAUCCAAUAAAAUAAAUAGUGACUACAGUUACCCUGUUAAGCAAAUCACUCAUUUAUGGAAACUUAUAUGUCUUAAUCAGUUUCAUGAUUGUUUACCAGGUUCUGCUAUUAACUUGGCUUAUGUAGAUGUUCACAAGUUCCAUCGUGAAGUAAUUUCAAGCUGCUCAUUACUCCGCUAUGCAUCUCAGUCUUUCAUUAUUGAUGAAAGCACAAAAGAAUGUUUCUCUAGCACAAAAGAGAAUAGUCAAGAUCAUCAAAGUAUCAUUGCUUUUAACACGCUUCCUUGGUCUCGUACUGAAGUCAUUAUUUCCCCCGAGAAAAAUACAAAAUGGAUGAAUCAACAAUGGAAAGAAAACUAUGAGUACCUUAUAGUUAAAAAUGUCCCAGGUCUUGGAGCUUCUAAUUAUGUCGCUUCAGCUGAAAAUUUUCAUAUAGUUCCUCCAGAAAAGGCAGCUCAAGCCUACAAGACCGAACAUAAUCACUUUGUAUUAGAGAAUAUGAACCUUAAAGCAACUUUCAAUCCUAAUGGACAGCUUAUUGAACUCAUUGAUAAAAAUUCAACAAGAGGCAACCUUAUUUCCAAAGAUUCUAGAGGAAAUAUCUUACAGCUUUAUGAGGAUGUGCCUACUUACUGGGAUGCAUGGGAUAUUGAAAUCUAUCAUCUUCAAAAAUAUGUUGAGUUAGAAAGCCAAAAUACAUUAAAGAUUAUUUCAGAUGGUCCUCUUAAGGCAGAACUUUAUUUUAAUCAUAAAAUAUCAGAUAUUAGUCACAUAGAACAAACAAUCAGUCUUACAUGCGUAAGUGAACGACUUGAGUUUGAAAGCUUUGUUGAUUGGCAUGAAAGCCAUCAGUGCUUGAAAGUUGAAUUUAAUUGGGAUAUUGUUACUGAUUAUGCUACAUAUGAUAUUCAAUAUGGCGUUGUUAGAAGACCCACACAUUACAAUACCACGAUCGAAUCUGCAAAAUUUGAGGUUUGUGGACAUAAGUUUGCUGAUUUAUCAGAGUCUAACUAUGGUAUUGCUUUGAUAAAUGAUUGUAAAUACGGUUAUUCAACUCAUGGAAAUACACAACGCCUUUCAUUAUUGCGUUCACCCAAGGGUCCUGAUGAGACUGCAGAUAUGGGUCAACAUAAAUUCAAAUAUGCUAUAUAUCCUCACCAAGGAUGCUACGCGUCUUCUAGAGUCAUGCAAUCAGCAUUAGAAUUUAACGUACCUCUGUCAAUCCGUCUUGCAAAAGGACAUACACUUCAAAGGGGUACACUUGUUCCAUCUCUGUUUACUAUUGAACCUAAUAAUCAAAUAAUUAUUGACACUAUCAAGUUUUCAGAAGAUGAUAAUGGUGAGGGUAAACAGAUUAUUUUACGUAUCUAUGAGGCUUAUGGUGGCAAAAGUAGUGCUGUUUUGAAAAGUUACCUGGAUAUUAAACGUAUUCAAAUUUCAAAUGUAUUGGAAGAUAACCUUGGUCAAGUAUUAAAAAAAGAAAAUAAUGGUUAUAAUAUAACACUUAAAGCUUUUCAAAUCAUGACACUCAAAGUGGAUUUGAAUUAAAUUUUUUAAAUCGAAAUGAAUGAAUAUUAUACAUAUACAUUAAUAAAAAAAAAAAAAGAACACAUACACACACACACAUACAGGGUAUUCUUUAUAUUU